AUGGGUCUCUUUGACGUCGGAUCCCUCAGGUCCAAGAAGUUUUCUGCUACAAGGGAGGCUUCUACAAGCGAUUCUCAAUUCCUGCAGCGUCAAAACGACCAGAGGCUCGCUGCCGAUCUCGGACUCUACUCAAACUCGCGGCAAGCUGCUUCCACCCGAUCGCUUUCCGCCCAGCAUCCCGCUGCCCACCAUGCCGCUCCAGCUGGGCUUCACACAAAGCGCAGCGCCUCCGGCAUGUCCUCCACAGACGCACUCAGGCAGUCCAAGCUCGAACGCAUGAUGGGCGCCGGAGUGCCCCAGAUCCAAGUCGUCAGCCGCAAUGAUCGUCGAGCGCCUUCGGCUCAGAUCCACUCGAUCUCUGCAUCGGUCGAUUCGCAUCACCAUCGCUCGCAGCCCUCGCAGCAUACCAUUCGUGGCCCCGCAAUCUCCAGGACCAAGUCAAUCUCCGAGGCGAGCGAUGCCCACUCGAGCUUCUCGCGCUCCUUCUCCACCGACAUCUCCAACUCCAUGUCCGGCGCUUCCACAACCUUCACAGAGAUGGUCGAAGUCGACUGCCCUGUCUGUCUCGAGCCGCUCUCUCACCGCCUCGCAGGAGAAAAGCCGCACGUCGUCCCCACUUGCGGACACGCGCUCCACAACGCCUGCUUCACUGCAAUCUACGGCUCUCCCGAGGCGCUCCUCGCAGCACAGAACUCGGCGAGCCGCCUUCGCCCCGCAGGCUCCGCCUCCAGGCACAGCGUAGGCCCGCCCGGCAUGUGUGGUGUCUGCCGCAAGCCCAUCGCACUCGGCGAAGGAAACACCUCCAAGUCGCACAAGCUCGCCGGCAUCAAUGGCCUCGCAGCCGCAGCGCCGGCGCACGAUGCCGACGUCGCAUUCGCCGACGCCGACACACCCUCGCGCGCCCACCACGACGACCCGCUCGACCCGCCCUCCUCCACCAAACAUCGUCACGUCAUGAGCUCUUCGGCCUCCUUCUCGUCCACCUCGUCCAACACGCACACCCUGCCCACCGUGCGCGCCAGACCCGAAUUCCCCACCAUCUACUGCAAGCCCAACGGCAAGCAGCCAGCCAAGCUCAACGUCGUCUCCGUCCUUUCCAUCGAGGUCCCCAGCCGCCGCUCGCCCAACGACCCGCGCGACCACGCGCUCGACACCAUCUCGGACGAGUACGCAGAGGACAGCCUCAGCAACGGCGCGCGCGACGACGACGACGACAACUCCGACGACCUCAAACGCAGCGGAAACGGCUGGCCAGCCUCGGCCAAUGACGCUGCCUCCGACGACCGCAGCCGCAGCCGCAGCCCCAUGCCCGAUGCCCGUGUCGGAUUCACCGAGCAAGGCGACAAGCACAAUGUCAUGGCACGUGUCGAGUCGCCCAACGACCAGGGCUUCUCCUUUGGCGCUACCCCCGCCGGUCUGCCAGCCCUGGAUCCCACACGCGCCAUUCUCGAUGACCUGCAGCAGCGCGUCGCCGACUGGAAGGGCCACUCGAUCGAGCACUUUGGCCCGCUCGUUCUGCACGACCUGCUCAACAUCCGCCAGGACUCGGUCGUGCGCGAGUUCCACGUCUAUCUCUUCCAGGAAGCGCUCCUCUGCGUCACCGAAGAGAAGCGCAAGGGCCUCGGUCGAUUCAUCUCCAACCCAACCACCAACGGCGCCGCCGCCAACGACUCGGAUCUCGGCAAGCCCGCGCUCAAGCUCAAGGGUCGCAUCUACCUUCGCCACAUUCGCCGCGUGCUCGACUCGUCGGUCGCAGCAGAGCACACCUUGAGCAUCACCAUGGACGACGAGAACCUCGACCAAUUCGUUCUCUGCUUCCGCGACACCGGCACCAUGUCCGUCUGGCGAUCCAGGUUGCAGGAGCUCAUCGAGCCUGCCGACGCCUCCGCCUCUGCAUCGCCCGCUGUUCCCAUCGCAGAGCCAGCUGUGGCUGAUGCGACCCAAGCUCAGGGCAUGCCGUCUGCCCAGGUCGACGAGGCCGCCAAGCCGGCUCAUGCGCCCGGCGAGGCUGGUGCCGGCCUUGGCCUGAGCCCGCAUCGCAACGGCGGCUUCCAGGCCGUGACAAGCGGCUCGGCAUCCGUGCUGAGCGGCAAGUCUGGGUCGCAGCAAGGGGCGGCGGCCAACGCGCAGUCGCGAAACAGCCGCCGACUGUCCAAUGUCUCGUCAAGCCAGCAUAGCCAGCACGGCAACGGCGCCGCAGCCGCACGACGCAUCUCGGCCUCGAGCGAUGCCAUCCCGUCGUACCAGCAGUGGUCGAGCUCGGGCGGACUGGACCCACGUCUGCCGCCGCCAAGCAUGCUGCCUCACACGCCGAUCGACCUGGUGCUCAUGAUCUCGGUGCCGUCGGUGCUGCCAGAGCACGUCAGCGGCUCGAUCAGCUCGUCGGCGGCGCUCAAGCUGCGCCUCAUCCGCUCGUCGCUCGACUUUGUCAUCCACAGCCUCGGCCCCAACGACCGCAUCUCGCUCGUCGCCUUCACCGUGGGCAUCGAGGGCGAGGUGAAGCGCACGGGCCUGCUCAAUCCGCACCGCGAGCCGAGUCGACUGCUGCUCGAGGAGUUUGUGCAGAACAUCGGGCGGCCGUGGGAGACGCAGGACGCCGAUCCGUUCCGCGUGGAUCUGAGCCAGCUCGGCGGCUCGAGCGAGCGCAUCGACUCGGUGACGGCGGUCAACGUCGGCCUGGACGUGGUGCUGGGUCGCAAGGCCAAGAAUGCGGUGACGAGCAUGAUGCUCGUCAACGACACCUCGGAUGGACCCAAGCGCAACCAGAUGGACCUGGUCAUGGCGCGCGCCGAGGCGGCCAACGUGGCCAUUCACUGCUUUGGCUACGGCAAGACGCACGACCCUUCGUCGCUGUGGCUCAUCUCGAACCACACGCGCGGCUCGUACACGUUUGUGCGCGAGUGGUACCAGCUGCGCGAGUGCCUGGCGGGCUGCCUCGGCUCCACCAUGUCGGUGGCGCUCACCGAGGUCAAGGUGCACAUUGGCGUGCCGCACGACAACUGCUUCCGCAUCCGCAAGAUCGCCGGCCUGCCCGGCGCCAUCAUCUCGUCGAGCGGCAAGGACGUGGACGUGGACAUUGGCGAGCUCAAGUUUGGCGAGGCCAAGGAUCUGCUGGUGGAGCUCGAGCUGGACGUGGCGAGUCUGCUGCCGACGCUGCUCCAGCAGCGUCGCGAGAGCAAGAGCAUGGCGCUGGGGCCGAUCGAGCAGGGCAGUGCGACGGACGACUUUAUGCAGCGCAUGGGCAUCCAGGAUCUGAGCCUGGCAGACUCGGACGGCGCCGAGGGCUUCCUCGAGCAGAUGGUCGAGGAGAUCGGCGUGUUUGAGGCCGACCUCAGCUUCAAGGAUCCGGCGACGGGCAUGACCACCUCGCGGCUCGCCAAUCCGGGCAUCCUCACGCUCGAGAUCGACACGCACUCGCCCGAUCCGCUCACGAGCGGUCCGGCCGGGCUCGCGGCGAUCGUAGCCGAGCCCACGGUGACGCGACGUCGGCUGGAGGUGCUGGUGAGCGAGAUGAUGACGCGGUCGCUGCUGCUCAUCUCGCGCAAGAACUACGCCCAGGCGCUGCGGGUGAUUACCGAGACGCGACGCAUCAUCGAUACGGUGGUGCAGGCGCUCAACGGUCCGAAUCAGGCGAAGCGUCGGUCGGUGGUGGUGCAUCGCUCGAACCAGCGACGCGUGCGCGAGGCGGCCAACGCACGCACCAUCGCCUCGCUGCUCGCCAUGAUGGGCGAUCUGGACGUGCUGAGCGACGGGCUGGAGCACCAGCACCGCUCGAGCUUUGACCGCGACGGGCGCAACUUUGGCGCACAGCAGGCCAUGAUCCUGCGCAACCAGAAGGCGUGGACCGCGCGCACCGAUACCGAGCACCUCUACUUCCGCGACGACAAUGCGGCUGCCUUUACGGCGUGGUCGGCGUCGUUUGCGUCGAUGCGCUAA